AUGGGUUCGAUAUCUUUGUCCAAUUCGAUGCCCAUAACGCGAGUUCCAUUAUUUACAUCACUCAAUCCAUGUCUUCUUCCGACUUCUACUUCCUUCUCACUUCCUCCUCUCUCAAAUCGUCGUCGCUCCGCUUUUUCUCCGUUAAUCGCCGCAUCUGCCGUCUUCGCAGCUCCUGCCGGCGUUAAUAACUCCGUUCCCUCACGAAAUGGGGGUUAUACAGUUGGGGAUUUCAUGACGGGGAGACAGUAUUUGCAUGUUGUUAAGCCAACAACAUCGGUUGAUGAUGCUUUGGAACUUCUGGUUGAGAAGAAAGUCACGGGAUUGCCUGUAAUUGAUGAUGAUUGGAAUCUGGUUGGUGUUGUUUCUGAUUACGACUUGCUUGCACUUGACUCUAUUUCUGGCGGCAGCCAAAACGAUACAAACUUGUUCCCUAAUGUCGACAGCACCUGGAAAACGUUUAACGAACUCCAGAAACUGAUAAGUAAGACACAUGGAAAAGUUGUUGGAGAUUUGAUGACGCCUUCUCCUCUGGUUGUCCGUGAUUCUACCAAUUUAGAAGAUGCAGCCAGGUUGCUUCUCGAAACAAAGUUCCGAAGAUUACCAGUUGUGGACUCAGAUGGAAAACUGAUUGGGAUCCUAACAAGAGGGAACGUUGUAAGAGCUGCGUUGCAGAUCAAAAAGGAAACAGAGAACACUACAUAG